CGGACGCACAAUUUUUUUUUUUUUUACAAUUUUUCGCAAUUUUUGUUGUUGUUUUGUGAAAGUGUUUUCCAACAUUUUCGGCAAGGGCGUAAGGAGGCGGCCCAGGGCAGAGGCAAUGCCCAUAUCAGUCGGCAUUUGCCGGCUGCAAUUGCUGGCCAGCAUUGGUCUAAUAUUGCUGACAGUGAUCGUGCAGAUAGCUGUUGCUGCCGAAACAACCACCACGGCCUCGGACAUCAGCACAACAACGGCGGGCACAACGCGCAGCUCCAAUGGAACAGCAUCGUCAUCAUCCUCGUCCUCCUCCUCCUCCUCUUCGGCAGCGGCGCGUGUGGAGGAACUGCAGCUGAAUGCGACAGAGGGCGGCGGCAGUGGAGAUGUUGCGGAUCACCCACAAAACUAUGAUGUCAUCGAUGUGCUGGCAGCCACCAGCGCCGUGGUGGGUAAAUCGAAAACGGGCCAGACCACUCGCAUUUAUACCACGGGCGAGGUGAACGAUGAUUUCUGGCUGAAGCAUUUGGGGGAGGACUUCAAGCAUGCGAUACAUUUGCAGGUGGGGGGCACAAACGAUGAAUACAAUCGCUUGAUCAAUCAGACACGCGAUGGCAUACACGAGGAAGUGCAUCACGAGUACUUGCCGGGUGCUGAACGACCGCCAGAGCAUGAGGAAGGUGCCGCCACCGAUGGUGGUGCUGAUGGUGGUGUUGCCCGAGAUAUCCCCGGCCGUCCAUUUGCCCCUCAUUUGGGUCAUUUGGAUGGACAGCAGCCAUAUUUACCAAAUCAGCACAACUCCCACACAUACCAAGCACACUCGCGCAGCACAGCCAACAAGAACAGCAUCAACGACCACAACUACAACAAAGCAACGCGUUACAAGCAACGCCAACGCACACACUCUCACGCACACGCACACUCUCACGCACACGCACAAAGGCCACCAUUGCGGAUCAUCAACUCCAGCGAGGAUACGCUGCCUUCUGCGGGGCGGGCGGGUGGCACGCCCCCAGGCGAUGUCGAUCCGUACGAUAGCAGCGCGCACAGCUCCCAGCUGUUGCCCUUCAAAUCGCAAUUCAACGAUUACGGCAGUCGACCCACCCGCGCCCUCGCCAGCGAAAUCUAUCAGCGCGGCCUUUGACUGAACACAUUCACACACACACACACACACACACACAUACAACACACACGAACACAAACACACACACAUACAACACUUACAACACUUACAAACACACACAAACAAACCUAGCAACAU